AUCACCAACGUUGUCACGCUGUCACUGAUGCGCGCGCUUUUCCUCCUGCUUCAACAUUCGCUUAGCCUUUUCCGCUUGAUUCCUCUUCAACGCCGGAAUAAAUGUCCUAACCUAUCUUAUUUCAGCUCCGCCCCCAACAUCGCAUACAGAUCCCCAAUCCCAUCUACACAACAAGAAGAAACCUCCGACGCUUUCCAGAAAUAUCCGCCGUUCAUUCAGAACGAUACAAAUCAAUUCGCUUGGAGAUAUGCAACAGUAUCAGUAUCAAGCUCUCUAGACUCUUCGGCAUUCUAG